UUGAUGAGGGGCAGCCGGGCAGGGAGUUUCUGCAACUGCGUGCUCCAGAUCUCGCGGGAACACCGACGGGAGAUCACACCUGAUCCCUAUUUCUGCAGACGUCUUGGGGAGAUUGAGAAGGAAGAACCAGCUGCUGCUGCAAAGACUGUGACCGAGGAGGAAGGUCGGGUAGGUGGACUGCUCCAGUUCCCGAGGUUCCUGCUGCUCAACCUUAGGUUGCAGACUGGCCUGAAGGCCUACAACUUUGGUGAUGAGAAGAUCUUCUAGGAGCACAUGGUGUUCUUCACAGGACUAAAAACCACACGGCCCAGUGAGGAUCCUACAGGACCUGGAGAAGCCACAGGAGCUGUGGACUCGCU